AUGGAAAUUAUCGAGACAAAGUCUUUAAGACCUUUUGUCGAGAAAACUCGUGAUGGCGUAGGUGCUGCAUUAGUAACCGGUAAUAGCAAUAUGUUCAGAGAAGCAUUGGAGAAACAAGAAGCUAUGGAAGAUAAGGAAAACCGCAUUAACAAACUAGAGUCUGGUUUGGGGAUUCUUGGCAUGGAAUAUGUUGAAAAGAGGACAAAGGCGUUGGAAGAAGGAAAGAGGCUGCUGGCGUCUGAAGAGAGACAAACAAUUCGAGUAGAAAUAGAGAUGCUCAGUUUUUCUAUUUCACAAAAGACAAAGAAUAUAAUUCGUUUAGCAGGUAUAGUAGUCGAACAACGUUAAAACAGGCUACAGUUACUCUAUGAUAAAAUGUCACACAAAUGUGAUUGUACAGUAUAUAUGUUUACUGUAUUUUUGCAAGCGUUCUACAUAGGAAAGUAUUUUCUAAGAUGGGAUCUGAUGAUAUUUAGGUAAAUAUUUUAAAUCUAUAUUUUAUAUUGCAACAUAUUACAGAUUCAUCCAAGCAAAGGUCUAGGCUUCGCAGUAAGAACGCAAACGAAAAGAAAAAGCUAGAAGAGCUUGUCAAGCAAUACAACUUUGUGAAUGAUAUGUUGGAAGAAAGUGAGAACGCCGUAACAUAUGCACAGGCACUCGCGGGAUCGUUUCCAUGGAUUCAUGAAGAGGACGACAGAGGUAAUAUAUUGCAUUAGUAAAUCUGAGGCAUUAUUUACCACCUGGGUAGUAAAUAGUGCUUUUCAAAAAGAAUGAUUCGGCAAAUUUGGUUUCAAAAUCGACAAAAUAUUGAAAAAAUCAUCCCCAGAAAACGAAAGAAGCACAAAAUGUUGUAUUUAACUUGAAAGGUAGGAUUCCUUUAUUAUUUUACUGUGUCAAACAUAUUCACGGACAAUUUAAAACUUAUUUAAAACUCCGAAGCAUUCACUUCAAACAAAUAGCAAAAACCAUCCUGACUUUUGGGGAAAACCUUGCCGUGAUAUUCUUUAAAAUCCAUUUUAUUUUGUAUGCUAUAGAUUUCCCAAUUUGUACGAUACUAUUUCUUUUGAUAUGUUAUGUUUUCAUUGUGCUGUAUGGUGUUCUGACCGCUGUAUUGUUUUUUUCGAAACUUGUAAAGUAAAAAGCGUUUAUAUUAAAACUUUAUUUCGAACGAUAUAGUUUUACAUUUCGUUUUACCAAAUUUCUCAGCCAUUUCCUGAAGAAAUUAAUGGUAAACAGAAACUAUUUUUAGUUCUAAGUCUGGUGUAAGAGUAGUUCCGUUAUUGUGUUUAUAUUCCAAGCAGAAAUCGAGAAAAAUAACUUUGCAAUAAAGCAAUAAAGUCACACAAGAAGCCGUUUUGAAAGCGUGUGCGUAGAAGAAACACUGCAACACUAUUUGUGGACAGGCCGAAAACAGUUUUAUUUCUGAAAUUUAAUUGAACUGAUAUUUGGAUAUUUUGUUUUAUUCAUUAAAAAUUUAUACUAAAACAAUUAUUCGCCGCAGGCUCAGUGAUUACGGUGAAUAUUCACCUCGACUUCGUCUCGGUGAAUAUUCACCGGUAAUCACUUGUAUCAUAGGAAUUUGAUUACCAUCAUAAAUUUGAAAAAUAUGAAAUCCAGGCCUGCAACCCCUGUAUAUCAACCAAACAAAUAGGGGUGCACCAGAUUUGGAAUUUUCAAAUCCGGCUGAAACCGGAUUUACCGGAUUUGGACAAAAAUUCCGGCUGGAAUUCCGGCCGGAUUUGAGAUAAACUGGUAAUGGGGACAAUUGGAGAUAAAUCAGUAUUCAAAAUGACGGUUUAUGUUUUUUAAUAUUGUUAGUUGGUGUCAGUUUAGAUUUUUGAUUGUGUUUAAACCUUUUUUAAACAUCUUUUUGUUAAUAACUUAAUAUUUUAUAAUAAUAUAAGUCUUUUUUUUUAAACUUUAAAGCUGCCAAAUUGAUGGUUUAUCCCAUUCUUGGUGAACUUUUUAAGGUGAAAACAGAAAUUUAAAUCCGGCUGGAAUUUCUCCAAAUCCGGCCGGAAGCCGGAUGCCGGAAAAUUCAUUAAAUCCGGCCGGAAUUCCGGCCGGAUUUGAAAUCUGGUGCACCCCUACAAACAAACAAACAAAAUUACCUAAUUAUAUCAUGAAAAAAACUGUUGGUAGUUUGCCAUCAGUCUAUUAAUUUCUUUCUCUUUUAGUCGACGUAUUGCCAUUGCGGGCGAAGCGAAAGGCAGUUGAAAUCUACCUCACUGGCUUAAGAUUAGGAGAAGAAUUGUCACUUCUUAAGAAAGAAAUGGUCCAGUUUCUCUCCUAUUAUAAAGACAGUGUAAUCCCUGAUCUUUCAACUUGUUUAAAUUCCCUAAAUAAAGGUAAAUAAUAGAGUUGUAAGUAUAUAAUGAUGUCAUAGACUCAUAGUUUGCGAAUUUGUGUAACCGAAAAUCAGAAAGGAGUCAGACUUUGUUAAAACAUAAAAGAGACCAACUAAAUUGUGUUACCAAUGACAACAAGCAUAUUUCUGAACUAUAAUUCAACAUUUUUAAUAUAGAUGACUUACCAGAUGAUGAUGUUGUACCAUGCAGUACUGACGAUGUGGGAAAGGUAUUAUAAUACAUGACAGUCAGCUUAUUUACGUUAAUUUCGAUUUUCCAGACUGAUUGUGAAUUCAAUUGAGCAUUUACGCAUAACAACAUUUUCUGCAUUUUAUAUGCUAAACAUAUAAUUGGCGAGGCAUAAUACAUCAACCAGAAAUAGGCCCGACUGUUAAAUCGCAAUGUACAGUAUAAUUGACGGACGUACAGUAAUUUUAGAUUCCUUCAUAACUUACAGGCCUAGUAUACUGUUAAAAUUGUAUACUGCCUAUUUUUUUACACUUUGUGAUAUUUUAUGUGCAAACGUGAAGAAAAUGUACUUUAAUUUUGUUAUAAUGAUACCAUUAUCCAAUGGUACCAUCUCGAAUCACUGAAACGUAUGGUUGAAAUGUUAAUAAGUCAAAUUUGAAAAUAUUUAAAACCAUAGCUAAUUAUAAGAUUAUAAGUUUGCCGAGCUUUCAGACCAUAACGUCUCGAUUCAGUAUUGUUAACAUGCUUCUUCCUAUGCUGUAUAUUUAGGGAAAGUAUACAGGGUGUAUCAAAAUAAACGCAAUUCAUCUUUUGCGCUUAAUAACUUUCGAAAUACUAUUUCUACUUAAACGCUUUUAGGCUUACUUCAAAGCCUGUUCUUUUCUCUUUCAAACAAACUAUUAUCCUUGUCUCCAAUGCUAGUAAUAAUUGCACAGGAAAAGAUUUAGUAAAACCUAUCAUUUUAGUUGCUGUUUAAUUAUGCAAGUUUACUAUGUUAUUGUUUAGUCGGUUUAAAUGUUAGAAUUUUCUUCUUUAAACUUUAAUGUUGUCGUCACUACAUCUGGAAAACCACGUAAGAACAAAUUAAAAGUAUUUUAAAAGAGACCAGGUUGUUUGAAAAUCCUAAACAAAUGCUAAAAAUCGUCAAAACAUUCUGGUGUCUGAGCCAGAGUGUCAUCAAACUGCGAUGUAAUGUAAACAGAAAUUAUAGCAAGUUGAUGUCAGUCAGCUUAGAUGGUCCAAGCCAAAAUUAUAUCGCAUUUGAAGUUUCAAACUGAGUUAAAAAUAGUGGAAGAAAAGCCGUAAUUAUACUUAUUGUUACAAUCCAUUUAAUAAAAUGCAACAUUUUUUUGUUUUAAUGAAAAAAAUCAGUUAUUUUCAUGAGAACGAUUUGCUAUUCCAUCUCAAUUUUUUUAAUCUCCAAUCUCAAUAACGUAAAGUAUUAUUACCUGCGAACCAAUGAGUCAAAUUUAAGAAACAACCCACUGUUAGAAAGCUGAAUGGCUACGCUUUAAAAUGAAUGUAAACUUUAACGUUUUCGUCUAUUAUUUGUUUAGCAAUUUACAUUUCAGUCGAGGAUUGCACUUUUUUUGAUACACCCUGUAUAUCUAGACGUCUAAGCCGCUUUUCAAUGGAGGGUGAGAACGCUGUUAUAAAGUCUGGUAUAUUCUUUUGCAAAAAGAUGAUAAAGGAAGGGGCCACUUUAUUUAAGAGCGUUCUUGACGGAUCCUUAGCUAAUCUGGAUAUUGACGAUAGUGAAGAUAAGGAUGGGGAUGAAGAAAUAGAAGAUGAUAGUGAUGUGGAAAUAGAAGAAGCCGUCGAGUGA